GAGACAAUAAAGAGCGCGCAAUUCCCACUAUAUAAUAAAAGAAAAAUUGGAUAAGCCAGAGAAGAUUCUGGCUUCCGGCUAAAUCUCCGGCUACCAGAAGUUGUUGUUUGUCUCUCUCAGAAUUUUUCAACCAUGGCGACGGAGCUGUGUCUGACGUCUAAACGAUGACGAUCAUAAAUUUAUUCAAUUUAGUCAACUUCUUGGGUCUUCUCCCACGAUCAAGACGCGGGAAAUUACCUCAUCAUCUCUCAAAUUCAUUGAUGUGAAUCUGUGAUCCAUUGCAAUUCCUUCACAUCCCUUCUUGUUCUGUUUUCCUCUUCCGUAGCAAUGGAUUCGCAGAACCCAUAUCGUAACAGUGUCAAUACCAACAAUUCUUCCCUUUACCCUCAAGUGAUUCAUUCAAAUCCCGAAUGCCCUUCUCCUUCCUCUGCGAAUCCCAAUCCAUCUUCAACUGGGAACCUUUACCCAACUCUUGAUAUGAAAGAUUUGGUGGAGAAUCUGUUUCCCGUCGAUGUGGAUUACCGCCAUUCUCCUUCGGCUCCUCCCCUUGCGGCGGAAGAAAUAAUCAUCAGAAUCCCAGGCGCCAUUCUCAACCUCAUUGAUAAACAGUAUAGUGUUGAGCUCGCUUGCGGCGAUUUGACGAUUGUCCUCAUUCGCCAAGGCGAGAGUGCCGUUGCGGUGUUUGCCCGUGUCGCUGACGACAUUCAAUGGCCAUUGGCGAAGGAUUUAGCAGCGGUGAAGCUUGACGAUUCGCAUUACUUCUUCUCAUUUCGGGCUCCAAAAGAACGCGGUCCGGACUCCGAUUCCAGUGAUGAUGAAGAUGAGAAAAACGGGUUGGAUGAUUAUUUGAGCUAUGGAUUGACGAUUAUUUCAAAAGGUCAAGAGGGAUUAUUGAAGGAUCUGGAUGGGAUUUUGCAGAAUUACAGUAGUUUUACGUUGCAGAAGGUAUCGGAGAGCGCAAAAAAAGUGGAGGUUCUGGAUGAGUCUCUGGCCAAAGAGAUGUCGCUGGAGGAUUUGAAGACGGGGAAGAAGAAACAGGAAAUGGAAGGCAAAUGUGCAGCGUAUUGGACUACAUUGGCUCCAAAUGUGGAAGAUUACAAUGGAAUGGCUGCAAAGUUGAUUGCAGUGGGAUCAGGGCAAUUGGUUAAAGGGAUUUUGUGGUGUGGUGAUGUGACUGUAGAAAGGUUGAAACAGGGGAAUGAGGCUAUGCAGAAGAGGAUGAGCCCCUGUUCUAACACAGAAAUCAGCCCUGAAACCCUCCGGAGGAUUAAAAGGGUCAAGAGGGUUACAAGUAUGUCGGAGAAAGUAGCAAAUGGAGUACUCUCUGGAAUGAUUAAAGUUUCUGGAUACUUUACAAGUUCAGUGGCUAAUUCUAAAGUUGGCAAGAAGUUUUUUGGAAUGCUCCCUGGGGAAAUGGUGCUAGCUUCUCUUGAUGGGUUUGGCAAAGUUUUUGAUGCUGUUGAAGUUGCUGGAAAGAAUGUCAUGGCUACAUCUUCCACUGUGACAACUGAACUUGUGACCAAAAGGUACGGGGAGCAAGCUGCGAAUGCAACCAAUGAAGGCCUUGAUGCUGCUGGACACGCUGUUGGGACAGCAUGGGCUGCUUUGAAGAUACGAAAAGUUCUAAAUCCAAAAAGUGCUCUCAACCCAACCACUUUAACAAAAUCAGCUGUUAAAGCCGCAGCUGCUGAGGCGAAGGCUAAGAACUCCAAGUAAAGUGUUGGAAAUUAUUUUAUAUUGGUUAAUAUCAGGCCAACUUCGUGAUGGGCAGCACAGUGUGUAGGUAGGACAAAAGCUUUCCAAAUUAUUCUCUUGAAGAUGAACAUCUUACAGGAUCUUCCUCCAUCAGCAGGUAGGAUUUUGAGCUUUAAUGUCUUUAUUAUUGUUUCCUGAAGUUAAUAAAUUGAGCUCUUGUCUUCUUGUUCCAACAACUUGAUCUGGGAUUGUGGCAGGACACUGUUAGAUAGUGGGUUAAGGUUGGUAAAGCAACUAAACCAGCCAAUUAUAUAGCCAAGUUCUAUUGGAAAUUAAAAGGCCCGAGUUUGUAUACCUACCUAGAAUUUAAUAUCCUACCGCUCGUGAGAAUAGUUGCGGUGUGAGCUGCACGCAAUUUGGUUCAAACCCCCUCACGGAUAUAUAACAUGAGUUAAUAGCGACCCAUCUGACAUAAGAGUGAAAAUUUAGAAACCUAUAAAAUUAGUUGGAUUGUGUGAAGGUUCAUCCGGCUAUCUUGAAAUAUAUGACACGAGUUAAUGACAAUGACCUGUUAGACAUAAAAAUGAAAGCUUAGAAACUUGUUAAAACCUAAAUUAAGGAUAGAUGUCACUACGAUGACAUGAGUUAGUAGCAAUGACAUAUUAGGCACAAUCUUAUAAGGAUC